AGGUUUUAGUUUAAAGGUAACCAUAGCACAAAUGCAUCCAUUAUUAACUGCAGAAGGCAGCGGCUUCUUGGGAACCCUCUUUAGUUUAAUAUGAGAACCCCUGUCAGCAGAAAACAGCGCUGAUAUUGUUGUUAAGUGUGACAGACUGGCGAGUGCAAUGGGCACCACGCUGGAACAAUGCAAGCUGCUGAUUUCCAUGGAGGAGGCGAUGUUCAAGGGCGAGGCCAAGGCGGACGGCGAGCGGCUGCUGAGGAAGGUUCGGUUCCGCGUGGCGUCCUCGCACAGCGGGCGGGUGCUGAAGGAGGUGUACGCCGACGGCGAGGCCGCCGACUCGCUGGACUCCGAGUACGCCAGCAGCUCCGAGACCGACCAGACCAGCCGGCUGAGCGAGGUGGACGGGCAGCACAACGGGCACGCGGGCUCGGAGUGCGAUGAGAAUGACAACGAGCAGGACGACUUGCUCAUUCUGGUCAGAGCCACUAAAGAGAAGGGGUUUGGUACAAAGCGAGUCAACAUCCUCAGCAAAAAUGGCACAGUCAGGGGAGUCAAGCAUAAAGUCAGCGCUGGUCAAGCCCUUUUUGACAAUUUGGCUAAAGUAUUUCAGGUAGGUGGUGCAGAUCUGCCGUUUGGCCGCAUAGUAAUUUAUACUACCAGUCUUCGUGUGGUGAGAACCACUUUUGAAAGAUGCGAACUGGUUAGAAAGAUAUUUCAAAAUCACAGAGUUAAGUUUGAAGAAAAAAACAUUGCUCUGAACAGUGAUUAUGGAAAAGAGCUAGAUGAAAGAUGCAGAAGUGUCUGUGAGGUUCCCUCACUCCCUGUUGUGUUUAUUGAUGGCCAUUAUCUUGGGGGUGCUGAGAAAAUUUUACUAAUGAAUGAAUCUGGGGAACUGCAGGAUCUCUUAACCAAAAUUGAGAGAGUGCAGCUUCCUCAGGAGUGCUUCUCUUGCGGGGGCUUUGGUUUCCUGCCGUGCUCAGCGUGCCAUGGGAGCAAGAUGUCCGUGCUCCGGAACUGCUUUACGGACUCCUUCAAGGCCCUCAAGUGCACGGCCUGCAACGAGAACGGGCUCCAGCGCUGCAGGAGCUGUGCAGGCUGAAAAUGGCACCUCCACAUGCAAAAACUAAUUUUAUGGUACUGCACCAGUUUGUAAU